AUGCUGGUUCGUAAUGCAGUCAUCUUACUUGAGAACGAAAAGGAAAGUUUGCGCAAGGCUAUUCGCAAGUUGAAGCUUGAAAAUGGCCGUAUGAAGCUUAAAAUCAAAACUUUAAAUGAGAAAGUUGGCAAAUUGACAAAUGAAAAGCUUGUUGAUGUUGACGAUGGGCGAGCUCCAGAAUCUGAAUAUGACUAUGACGAUCUUAAUCGAGACUUUUAUUUGAUUGGAGGAAUACACGACCCAUUAAGUCUUCGUUUUGAAGUUACUAUUAGAGACAAGGAGGGUAUUGAACAUAAAUCUGCUGAGCGUUUUUAUUGGUAUAAAAUGGCUGAAAAGUUUGGGGAUGAGGAAUGUAAGAAGAAAUUGAUGCAAGCACCAAAUGUUCAGACUGCUGAAGAAGCUGUUAAGAAUAUUCAAAAGUUUGACAGCAAAGUUUGGGAUGAGGUUAAACAUGACAUUUGGGAAGAAGGACAGCGUUUAAAACUUGACCAAGUUCGUUGGAUAUGUAAUCUUCUUGUGCUUACAAAGACGACUUAUUUGGCUGUAGCUUCGGAGGAUAAGUUUUUCGGCACUGGUUGGCGUAAAAACCGUGAUGAGUCUAACAAGCCAGUUUUUUGGGAUGGCGAGAAUGAAGGAGGAAAAAUUUUGAUGAAUUUGCGUCAUGAGUUGAAGAAGACACAUCAAUUUAAUGGACCACAGGAGGAAGAGGAAACAAAUACAAAACUUCGUGAAAUGAUGCGUUAUGUUUGGCGUCGUAUAGAUCCAACAAAGCGUAAUAUGGCUUUAGGCGGACGUGGUUUAUCUUCUGGUGGACUUCGUGGUGUUGGACGUAUUGGUGGGGGAGGAGGAGGAAAUCGUUCUGGAGGUAAAGGUCAACGUCAAUAG